AUGUCGGCUGAAUCGCAAGAUGCUGCCACCGAGGCCCUCAGCCAGGAGAUCAACGAUCUCAGAGCCAAAGUCGCCUCUUUGAAAAAGGAGUUGAAAGUGCAGGCCACGGCUCUCAUCUCAUCAGAGUCAACGCGUACAGCCCUCCAAGAAGACAAUCAGACACGCAGUGCGUCCGCGCUCCCCUUCGAGUCGAAACCGGUCCGCGACCAGGUCCUGUCUCGAUCCAAAGCCCAGGAAGCGCACGACCAACAAUGUCUCUACCGCACCUGCGCGACAGUGACGACCUUUAGGGUCCAAGACCCCGACCCCAAUGCCGUUGACCGCGGUCACGUCCUCGGCAUCCGUAUCGAAAUCAUGUCCGGCGCCAUAUUCCGCAGACCAUACUACGUUAUGCUCAAUCGGCCAUACAAGGAGUCCCGCCACCUACGAGUCCAUCGACACACCGUUCCUCCGUGCAUUCCGCUGGCAGCACUUGCCGCGCGUCACCUUCCGGCACCGAAGCCAGCUGACGACGAAAGACAAAAGACCCAGGACUUAUCCCGUUUUGUCCGGACACUGAGGAGAGAAAUUGUGAGGUUUCACAACCGGACCGCAGUCAUUGGUGACUUGCAGAAGGCUGCCGGUCUUCGCGGCACCAGCGAUGCCGAUGAGGACUCGGCGCAGGCGGUCACCAGCAUUGCCGCGGCAGACAUCGAAGCCAAGCAGAUCAGCAUUGAAUGGGCCGACGGCAGGGCAGGCAGACUGGUCAUGAGCGAGGACGGACAAAUCCAGAAGCUGGUUGUACUUGGUACAGCAGGACGCGAUCGAGAGGUUACCAGGGAUCUUCUGGGUGACAGCCGUCGCGUGGAGGACGUCGCAAAGCAGCUGACAAGCACUUGA